AUGGCUUAUGAUACAAGAGACCCCAUGCAGCUUGCGCAGAUCAUAUCAUCGAAUAUUCAGAAGAUAACACAAAGCACUUCUGAAAUACAGAGGAUAGUAAAUCAGCUUGGAACUGCGCUGGAUUCUGCAGAGCUCCGCCAUCAGCUACAGCAGAAGAUACAGUUUGUGAAUAAACUUGCUAAGGACACAGAUGUUUGCCUCAAGAACUUUACAUCUCUUCCUGCAGACAGCGAUCAGAGACAGAGAAAACUGCAGAAAGACAGACUCCUGAAUGAGUUCAGCUCUGCCCUAACAAACUUUCAGAAAACACAGAGACAAGCUGCAGAAAAGGAGAAGGAGUUUGUGGCCAGAGUCCGUGCAGGCUCCAGAGUAUCUGCUGGUGGGGCAGAUGAUGGCCUCAGAGAUGGCGCACUGGUCAACUGGAAUACUGAGAGCCAAUCACAGAUAAUGCAAGAAGAUGAUAUUACAGAAGAUGACCUGAGGCUUAUAGAAGAGCGGGAGUCCGCAAUACUUCAACUUGAGGAAGAUAUUAGAGGAAUAAAUGAAAUAUUUAAAGACUUGGGUAUGAUGGUUCAUGAGCAAGGAGAAAUGAUUGACAGCAUAGAGGCCAAUGUGGAGAGUGCUGAUGUUCAUGUCCAACAAGCUAACCAGCAACUGUCCAGAGCUGCAGAGUACCAGCGCAAAUCCAGAAAGAAGAUCUGUAUUCUUAUCAUCGUGCUCCUUAUAGUUGGCAUCGCUCUUGGACUAAUUAUCUGGGCAGCAACAAGAAAUUAA